AUGCCAUCCGUGAACGGCGAGAAUAAUCCUCCAAACGCCAAUGGAGAGCAAUCAUGGAUCCUCUUCAUCUCGGGCCCGACCGGUUCAGGCAAGAGCUCUGUUGCGGAAUUCCUCGCUUCAAAUCUAAAAGCUCGAUUUAUUGAGGGCGAUGAUCUUCAUCCGAAGACCAACAUUGACAAAAUGCACAGGGGCGAAGCAUUGACAGACGAGGACCGCCAGGGCUGGCUCGAAGCAAUCAAUGAGCAAGCUACGGCCUUCAACAAAGAGCAAUCCCCAAACCACCACCUCAUCAUCACCUGCUCGGCCCUGAAGCGAGCUCACAGAGAUGUCCUCCGAGAAAGCUGUAUCAAGGCCGGAUAUUCGCUCGUCCACUUCUUCUUUCUUGAUGCGCCAGAAGCCGAGCUGAAGCGGAGGACCGAAGCAAGGAAAAACCACUUUGCAAAGGCGAAUCUCGUGCACAGUCAGUUUGAGGCGCUGGAACGACCGAGGAUUGACGAGUACGAUGCUACCAUUAUCAGUGUCGUUCCGCCGUUGGAGUCGGUGCAGAACGAUACGCUGAACGUGGCGUUGCAGUUGAUCAAUAGGAGAUAG